AGCCAGCAUCCAAAACAACACACAUUGUGGCAUUCCCUUUUCGGCUAGCUUCUUGGCCUCAACCAGCCAGCCGUAGCCAGAGAAGGAGCUAGCACACUCUGUGGGCAUGGGUCUCCUCGCCAUUUUGGUGCUUGUUGCCAUGGUACAGGUUUCCUACUGUGGCGGCAGCGCCAUCGACUACAGCAAGGCGCUGAGCAAGAGCAUCCUCUUCCUUGAGGCGCAGCGGUCCGGUGUCCUCCCCGGCAACCAGAGAAUUUCAUGGAGGGCCAACUCCGGCCUCCUCGACGGGAAGGCCAACGGGGUGGAUCUUACGGGUGGCUACUACGAUGCCGGCGACAACGUCAAGUUCGGGCUGCCGAUGGCGUUCACGGUGACCAUGAUGUCGUGGAGCGUCCUGGAGUACGGCGAGCAGAUGGGGGCGGCCGGCGAGCUCGGCCACGCCAUGGAGGCCAUCAAGUGGGGCACCGACUACUUCGUCAAGGCGCACCCGGAGCCCAACGUGCUCUACGGAGAGGUUGGGGACGGCGAAACGGACCACAACUGCUGGCAGCGGCCGGAGGACAUGACGACGAGCCGUCAGGCGUACCGCAUCGAUACCCAUCACCCAGGGUCCGACCUCGCCGGAGAGACCGCGGCCGCAAUGGCGGCGGCGUCGCUCGUGUUCCGCCGCUCCAACCCCGGCUACGCGAGCCAGCUCCUGCAGCACUCCAAGCAGCUGUUUGAUUUCGCCGACAAGUACCGGGGAAGGUACGACGCCAGCAUCCCCGUCGCCAAGAAUUACUACGCGUCGGUCAGCGGAUACGGGGACGAGCUUCUUUGGGCGGCGACGUGGCUGUUCCACGCGACGGGCGAGGGGCAGUACCUUGACUACCUGGCCAACCACGCCGACGCGCUGGGCGGCACGGGCUGGUCCACCAGCGAGUUCGGGUGGGACAUCAAGUACCCCGGCGUGCAGGUCCUGGCUGCCAAGAUCCUGCUGCAGGGCAAAGCCGGCGCGCACGCCGCCGUGCUGCGGCGGUACAGGCAGAGGGCGGACUUCUUCGCGUGCUCCUGCCUCCGCAAGCAGGGGGGCUCCGGCGACGUCCAGCGCACGCCCGGCGGCCUGAUGUACCACCAGAAGUGGAACAACCUCCAGUUCGUUACGAGCGCGUCGUUCCUGCUCGCGGCCUACUCCGACAGCCUCGCCGCCGCCGGCCAUGGAGCCGCCGCGCAGGUGCAGUGCUCGUCCGGGUCGGCGGCGCCCUCGGAGCUCUUGUCGUUCGCCAAGUCCCAGGCGCCGCUCCGUCGGUGCCCGCCGGCGGGAGCGUAGUGUUCGUGUACGUCCACGCGGCGCCGCCGGCGAACGUCUGGGUCACCGGCUACAAGCUCGUCUGAAAUGGAUUGCAGUAGUUAAUUUGUCGGGGGAAGCUGGAGUGAUAGGGCUAGUGACAAUCUCUCAGCCAUCCUCAACAUUGUAAGCUAAGAUAAGCUCGUAGCUAGAGUGGUUGCGUCUAUCGUAAGCUCUAGAAAAGAUUGUGCUAUAUAGCUCGAGAUAUAUAUUUUCAAAGGUACUUGUCUCA